CUAAAAAAAUAAAUCUUAUGUGAACACAUGAUUUAUAUGAUUAUAUUUAUUGUAAUUUGUAGAAACAUUAAGUCUCUUAGAGUAUCGCACCCUCUACAAGGCUGUGGCAAAAGGUGAUUGGGAUAGUAUAAAAGACUUCCUGGAUAGAAACCCCACGGCUAUUAGGGCAAAAAUUACAUUAAAUGGUAGCACUGUUUUCCAUGUUGCGGUUAUAGCUGGACAACCUGCAAUUCUGGAGAAGUUGUUGGAAAUGUCAACAAUAGAAGACUUAGAAUUGCAAAAUGAUAUGGGGUACACAGCCUUCGUAAUUGCUGCCAUCAAUGGUUUCAAAGAUAUGGUUGAGGCAAUGUUUAUAAGGGAUGAAAAUUUGAUUAAUAUUAAGGAAAAACAUGGCCUAAUUCCAAUUGUUGCGGCAUCGGUUGCUUGCUCAACAAAGGUUGUACGUUAUCUUUACCCAAAGACUCCAGAUGAAAUGCUAAGUCCAGAACAUCCUGAUAGGAGUGGUGCCACACUUCUCAAUUGUCUCAUUGUUGAUGACAUUUAUGAUUUAGCUUUACAUCUAUUGGGAAGAAACCCACAACUUGCUUUUGUGGAAGAUCUUUAUGGAAACUAUGCUAUUAUAUCACUAGCUCAGAAAACUUCUGCAUUCCCAAGUGGAAACAAUUAUGUGUUUUGGAAACAAUGGAUUUACUCACGUAUAAGAGUAACUCCCACUCUAUAUGGUGAUGAAUAUUCAAGAUCAAAUGAUGAGGAAAGCGGUAUAAGGAUACUAUUGGAACCAAAUAUUCAACAAGUGGUUCUCAAGAAGUUGCGUGGGCUAGUUUGGAAAUUGUUGACAUGGAUUGUCCCUGAUAUAAGUAACAUAUACAAAAGAAAGUCAAAUCAUAUUGAAGCUAAGAAAUUUCUGAAAAGCAUAAUCAAUCACAUACCAAGAUUAAGCAUGGAACAGCUUCAAAAAUUUGGGUGGGAUCAAGCAAUAAACGAUGCUAUCAAAAAUGGCAUAUCUGAAUUCGUCGAUGAGGUGAUUGAAUCUACCCCAGAAUUGAUAUGGAAGAAAGAUGAAAAGGGUAGAACAAUUUUUGCAAAUGCAAUUGUGCAACGCCAAGAAGAUAUUUUCAGCCGAAUAUAUGAUUUGAGUGCAAAUAUGCACGCCAUUAUACAGCAUGAUAUCUUUCACAACAACUUUCUCCAUUUAGCUGCAAAGCUAUCCCCUCCCUCUCGACUAAGUCGUAUUUCCGGAGCAGCUCUGCAAAUGCAAAGAGAGUUACAAUGGUUUGAGGAGAUGAGAAGUAUGUUACCACCAAAGUACAUGGAAGAAGUGAACGAAAGCAACAAAACACCUAGUGAAUUGUUCACUGAAAAACAUCAGAUAUUAGUGCAAGAAGGAGAAAGAUGGAUGAAGAACACUGCAGCCUCAUGUAUGGUUGUGGCGACGCUAAUUGCUGCGGUUAUGUUUACAACAGCUUAUACAGUUCCGGGCGGUAACAAUGAGAAAGAAGGAACCCCAAUUUUCUUGAAAAAAGACGUAUUCUUAAUCUUUGUUUUAUCAGAUGCAUUAUCUUUGUUCUCUUCUUGUGUUUCUGUGUUAGUGUUCUUAGGAAUCCUCACUUCUCGUUAUGCAGAAAAGGAUUUUCGGAAAUCCUUGCCUACCAAACUUAUAAUUGGUCUUUCCUCUCUCUUCUUUUCCAUAGUAACCAUGAUGGCAAGCUUUGGUGCUGCCAUUGUUUUGAUCCUUCAAGAUCGUUUACAUUGGGUAUCCGUUCCUAUUAUUGUUCUUUCCUCAAUUCCAAUUGCUCUUUAUUCUUUCUUCCAAUUUCCCCUUCUCAUUGAGGUAUUUUUUCACACAUAUGGAGUCAGUAUCUUUGACAAUAAAAGAAAGCGCCAAUAUGCCCAAAAACUCAAGGAUUUGACAGAAACUUGAGAUUGCUUUUU